GCGGAGUCGGCGGCCCUGUUCUCCAAAUUGCGUAGCUUCUCGAUUGGCAGCGGGCCAAAUUCGCCGCAGCGCGUUGUCUCCAAUUUGCGCGGCUUUCUCACCCACCGCCUCAGCAAUAUUACACCUGGCACCGAUACAGGUUGUUCUCUGGAAUGCCAACAACAACACGAAAUCAUGUAAAGGAACAGUGUUGAGCAACCUUCAAAGGCAAUUAACGGUAACGGUAACGGAAACGGAAGCGGCCAUAUUGCUGCUCAAUUUCCGGUUGCGCGAUUUCCGGGCAGCAACAAUAAAACGAAGAACAAAACGAAGGAAAGAAAGAGAAGAGCAAAAAAAGAGAGAAAGAAAAUAAAAGAGAAUCAGAAAGAAAGCAGCUAAAACAAAAUGGCCUCAUUCCAAAUACCGCUCAUCAAUCUGGAGGUGGGCGAGGUGAAGGAGAUUGUGUGGGAGAAGAUCAGGGAGCCGGUGAAUCAGCGGCGUCUCAUCCUGGUAAUUGUAUCGAUUGCCCUGCUGCUGGACAACAUGUUGUAUAUGGUGAUUGUGCCGAUUAUACCCGACUAUUUGCGUGAGAUUGGCAGCUUUGAUGAUGGUCCGACGCCGCCGCCGCUGCGCGAUAAUAUUACGGGCCGGAUAAUUCCGGUGCAUCAUGAUCAUCAUGGCCAGGAUUCGGCGACGGGCAUACUGUUCGCCUCCAAGGCGAUUGUCCAGCUGAUGGUGAAUCCGUUCUCGGGCGGACUAAUCGAUAAGAUUGGCUACGAUAUCCCAAUGAUGAUUGGACUGACCAUUAUGUUCUUCUCGACGGCCGUUUUCGCGUGCGGCACCAGCUACAGUGUCCUCUUCUUUGCGAGGUCGCUUCAGGGCGCCGGCUCUGCGUUUGCGGAUACUUCGGGUCUGGCCAUGAUUGCGGAUCGUUUUACGGAGGAGAAUGAACGCUCGCAGGCGCUGGGCAUUGCUCUGGCCUUUAUCAGUUUCGGUUGCCUGGUGGCGCCACCUUUUGGCGGAGCGCUGUAUCAAUUUGCCGGGAAAGAGGUUCCAUUUCUUAUACUCGCUCUAGUCUGCCUGCUGGAUGGUUUGAUGCUGUUGCUGGUAAUGAAGCCGUUCAAGGAACAGAUCAAGAUGAGCAAAGAGGUCCAGAGUCAGGUGAUACCCAUUUGGCGGCUGCUCAUUGACCCAUAUAUUGCCGUCUGUGCCGGCGCUUUGACCAUGUCGAAUGUGGCGCUCGCCUUCCUCGAGCCGACCAUCUCCCUGUGGAUGGAGGAUACGAUGACAACGGAAAACUGGAAAAUCGGCAUGGUCUGGCUGCCAGCCUUCUUCCCGCACGUGUUGGGCGUCAUAAUUACGGUGAAAAUGGCCCGUAAAUAUCCGCAACAUCAAUGGCUAAUGGCAGCCGGCGGACUUGCCUUGGAGGGUCUGUCCUGCUUCGUGAUACCCUUCUGCAGCGGCUACAAGAUGCUGAUGCUCCCGAUUUGCGUAAUCUGCUUUGGCAUUGCGUUGAUAGACACCGCUCUGUUGCCCAUGCUGGGCUAUCUGGUGGACGUCCGUUAUGUGUCCGUCUAUGGGAGCAUCUAUGCGAUUGCGGACAUCUCGUAUUCGAUUGCGUAUGCCGUGGGUCCAAUUAUUGCCGGCGGCAUUGUCGAGGCAAUUGGCUUCACUGCGCUCAACUUUCUGAUCGCCUUCUCGAAUCUCGCCUAUGUUCCGAUGCUCCGCAAGCUGCGCAACAUCUAUGACUUUAAGCCGUUCGAGAACGAGGCGAACAUCUUGAUGCAGGAUCCGCCGAACAAGGAAUACCAGACCUAUGUCAUGCACGACCAGAAGCCCGUCGACGGCGAGCUCAAGAAUCAUCUCGAGUACGGCCAGCAAUACCAGCCGGAGCAGGAGACCAGCCUGGACGAGUAUCAGGCGCAGCAGCAGCAGCCGACGGCGGCGGCGGAUCAGGGCUAUCAGCAGGAUCAGGGCUAUCAGCCGGGCUACCAGGAGCAGGGCGGCAGCUAUGCCCAGCCGCGCGUCGCCAAUCCUUUCCAGCAGCCGCCAAGCAGAGCUCCAGCAGCAAAUCCCUUCAGACAAGGAUUUUAAACUGUUGUCGAAAACCAUUUUAUUCACAUUUUUCUUUUCGUUAUACUCCCACGGAUAUUACCUAUAUAUAGUAUAUAUAUAUAUAUAUAGCAAGUGGUACGUACACUAUAAAAUGCAUAUGGCAUGCAAAUUAUGUAUUAUACACGAUCGCCAGUUGAGUUAAAUGCAAAUACGCACUAUAUAUAUAUGGUAUAUAUAUAUAUCGAUCCUCUACUCGGCUAGAGAAACCAAAGCAUAGUCAUAAUUGGAUCGAACUCGGGGGAGCAACGCCUGCUCCCAGCUCCGAUCCUUAACAGAUAUCAGAUAUACAGUAUAUAUAUAUAUAUUAGCUGUUAAGCGGCGCUGCCGACCAGGCUUCACUGUGCUACGGGUCCGUCGUGGUUAACCAGGCAAUGGCAACCAUAUCGCAGACAUAUCACAAGUUGCACAAAAUCGAACCCUUUUCGGUUGUCAUUGCGACGGUACUGUGCGCAUACAGUGGCGUCCGUUCGGUGGUGCCAUAUUAUUUGGCAAUUAAAUUUUUCGGUUAAAUGAUUUUUAACAUAAGACACAACCAAGGUAACGAUACAUAUCAGAGUCUCGAAUGGCUCGCCUGUUUAAAUUACCAAAAGUGAUAUUAACUAUUGCUAUAUAUACAUGUAGAAUCAUAAUUAUAUAUAACUUAUCGUAACAUAUCGAUAGGCCGUAAUGUGAAAAAAACAACUUUGAAAAUAUUAAAUGUUUCAUAUUUACCUACCAAUCAAUUAUUAUUUGCUUGUCGACUCUAUGCGAGGGUAUAUACCCUUUGCGAUAGCAGCUCGAGGAUAGCAUAGCAUAAAUGUGUGUACCUUGUGUCUCUCUAAAUCGAGAUGCAUUAUCUAAACGUAGCUAUAUAUACAUAACAGAUAUAUAUAUACAUAUAUUUGAAUUCAUUUCGAUUGCCGCACUUUUUGGAGAGCAGUUUAUUGCUACCAUAUAUAUAUUAUACACCCAACUACUUUUAGCCUGGUCUAAAUAUAGAGCCUUAAGUAAACUGAAUUUUUGUAUACAUAACAAACCGAUUUGCUAACUUUGCAGAUAAUUAUUAUUAUGUGUUAGUUAUCACACAUAAAUAUAUAUAUAUAUAACAAUUAAAAUAGGUUCUUAAUGUGUAUUUGUCGAAUUAUACUACUUAUUAUAGAGACACAAAAAAAAAAACACUUGAACAUUCUAUAUCCGUAAACAUAUCAGUGACACGGCCAUUUUCAAAUUAAUAGCAAGUUUAUCUAAUCGACGAGUAUAUAUUUAUACACUUACAGCAUUAUCUAUGGGUUAUUUUGAGGCAUUUUUAAAAGAGCUGCGCCUAGUUUAUAAACUCUCUCAUAUACAACAUACACUGAAAAUAAUGGAUUUCCACAUAGAAACUAGCCAAGAAAAAAAAUAUUUUUUUUUAAUUUCAGAAAAUUUUCUUGUUUUUAAAAACAAAUUUUCUUGCUUGGAAGAAUAUAUAACUAAACAAAAAUUUGCAUA